UCCCUUGGAAUUACCAAAAUGAUUCAGAAGCUGCUGUCCAAGAACUGCAACACGCACGGGCAGGACUCCUCUUACUUCUUAGGGUGGCAGGAGUACGAGAAGAACCCCUACGAUCCAAUUGCUAACCCUGCAGGGAUUAUUCAGAUGGGCCUUGCAGAGAACCAGCUCUGCUUUGAUCUAAUCGAGUCAUGGCUGGAGAACAAUCCUGCCCCUGCCGGCUUCCAGGAAGAUAGUGCACUAACCUUCCGGGACCUUGCUCUCUUCCAAGACUACCAUGGCCUGCCCGCUUUCAAGAAAGCUUUAGUUAAUUACAUGGGACGAGUAAGAGGAAACAGAGUAAGGUUCGACCCCAACAACCUGGUCCUCACUGCCGGCUCUACCUGUGCCAAUGAGAUCCUCAUGUUUUGCCUUGCCGAUCCGGGCGAAGCAUUCCUCCUACCAACCCCUUAUUAUCCAGGGUUUGACAGAGACCUCAAAUGGCGGACCGGAGCCGAGAUCGUCCCGGUGCAUUGCUCCAGCUUCGACGACUUCCGCAUCACCGGAGCCGCCCUGGAAGAAGCUUACCACCGCGCGCACAAGCGCGGCCUCACCGUAAAAGGAGUCCUCGUCACCAACCCCUGCAAUCCACUGGGCACCGCGAUGACCCGGAUCGAGCUCGACGCCCUCAUCGAGUUCGUGGUCGCCAAGGGCAUCCACCUCGUCAGCGACGAGAUUUACGCGGGAACCAACUUCGCAGAGCCGGGGUUCGUGAGCGUCGCAGAGGUGAUCGCCGAUGGCAGGGCCGAUUCCGCCCGCGACCGCAUCCACAUCGUGUGCAGCCUCUCCAAGGACCUCGGUCUCCCGGGGUUCCGCGUCGGCGGGAUCUACUCCGAGAACGAGGCGGUCGUGUCGGCGGCGACCAAGAUGUCCAGCUUCGGUCUCGUCUCCUCCCAGACGCAGUACCUCCUCGCGGCGUUGCUCUCCGACGAGGAGUUCACGGAGGAGUACGUGGCGGAGAACCGGAGGAGGCUGCGAGGGCGGCACGACGCGCUGGUGCGCGGCCUGCGAGCAAUGGGCAUCGAGUGCUUGGAGAGCAGCGCGGGGCUGUUCUGCUGGGUGGACAUGCGGCACCUGCUGAGCGCGAGCACGUUCGAUGGGGAAAUGGAGCUGUGGAAGAAGAUCGUGUACCAAGUCGGGCUCAACAUAUCGCCCGGAUCCUCCUGCCACUGCGACGAGCCCGGGUGGUUCCGCCUCUGCUUCGCAAACAUGUCGGAGGAGACUCUCAACCUCGCCUUGCGGCGGCUUCAGGCCUUCGUGGACUCCGGCCGGGACAGCCCCAACGGCGGCGGUGUUGGUCAACGCCCAAGGAGACAGUUCGUGGCUCACUGGGUCCUACGAUCGGCUCCGUCUUCGAAGUCCGAACGCUAGCUACGAAUAUAUGGAUCA